AUGAUAGAAACUUCACAUAGUGAGUCACAAUUGAAUUACAUUGGUGACAGUUACUACCUCUACUCGGUGUCUAUGAUAAACAAGGGACUAGAAAUGAUGUACAUUAGAAUUUUCACUUUCUUUGGGUGCAUUGAUUUCUCAAACAACAAAUUUUAUGGAGAAAUUCCAAGGGCAAUAGGGGAUCUUGGAAGUUUAAUCGUGCUCAACUUGUCAAGUAAUAAUUUUUCAGGACACAUCCCUUCAUCUUUAGGGAAUUUGAUUGAGCUUGAAUCAUUAGAUCUCUCUAAUAAUAAGCUUUGUGGUGAAAUCCCUCAUCAGUUAACUAGGCUCACAUUUCUUGAAUACUUGAACUCAUCUGAAAAUCAACUUGUGGGUCCAAUACCUCAGGCCGGACAAAUUGAGACAUUUUCAAAUUCUUCUUUUGAGGGAAAUUGGGGGUUAUGUGGUCUUCCAUUGUCAAAAAAGUGUGAAACUCUCUUGCCACCUUCUGAAUACAGCGAAGAAUCAGGUGAUUCAAUAUUAUCCGGUUUGACUUGGAAAACUGUUGCAAAGGGAUAUGGAUACGGACUCAUAAUUGGAUUGAUGAUCGGAUUUAUAACCACCUCAAGUUGGCCAUGUUUGAUGCUCAAGAAGUUAGGUGUGAUCCCACCAAGAAGACUAAGAUGA